ACAUUUCUCCAGCGCCUCCUCCAGACGCCACACCUGGCCUCCCCAGGAGCAGCCCUGCAGCUCAAUCGCUGGGGCCUCAGCAACAUUGAGGGAGAGAGCAGGUGUCUUUCUUUUUCGUAGCUCCCGUCAAAACAGGAGAUUUGCCUGACCUUCAGCUCCCCCCACCCGGGGCACUGUGGAGGUGGGAGGGCCACCUGCUGGCUGCCACUCUGGGGCCCUGCUGCACGCAGCAGGCUGCUCGGGGCUGGGGCACCCAGAGCGGGUGUCGCCUGCCUGGAGGCAGCCAUGCGGUGUCCUUCUUGCUGAGGAGGCGCCUGCCCAACCGGGGCCUCCUCGGGGCCGAGUGAUGACCACGUCGGAGGAGCAGCGCCCAGCCCAGCCUGGCGGAACGAGCGAGCAGAGGGUAAUGUUGGACUCAGUGACACACAGCACCUUCCUGCCCAACACGUCCUUCUGCGACCCCCUGAUGUCGUGGACUGACCUGUUCGGCAAUGAAGAGUAUUAUCCUGCCUUUGAGCAUCAGACAGCUUGCGACUCUUACUGGACGUCUGUUCACCCCGAGUACUGGACAAAGCGCCACGUCUGGGAAUGGCUCCAGUUCUGCUGUGACCAGUACAAGCUGGAUGCCAACUGCAUCUCUUUCUGCCACUUCAACAUCAGCGGCCUGCAGUUGUGCAGUAUGACGCAGGAGGAGUUCAUCGAGGCGGCCGGCGUCUGCGGGGAGUACCUGUACUUCAUCCUCCAGAACAUUCGCUCGCAAGGUUACUCCUUUUUUAAUGACCCUGAAGAGACCAAGGCUGCCAUCAAAGACUGCACUGAUUCCAGUUGCUUGAAAACAAGUGGCAUCAAAAGUCAAGACUGUCACAGUCAUAGUCGAACAAGCCUCCAGAGUUCUCAUCUAUGGGAAUUUGUGCGAGACCUGCUUCUAUCUCCUGAGGAAAACUGUGGCAUUCUGGAAUGGGAAGAUAGGGAACAAGGUAUUUUUCGCGUGGUUAAAUCAGAAGCCCUGGCGAAGAUGUGGGGACAAAGGAAGAAAAAUGACAGAAUGACGUAUGAAAAGUUGAGCAGAGCUCUGAGGUACUACUAUAAAACGGGAAUUUUGGAACGGGUCGACAGAAGAUUAGUAUACAAAUUUGGAAAAAACGCACACGGGUGGCAGGAAGACAAGCCAUGAUCUGCUCCAUCAUCAAGCUCAUUUCAUGGAUUUCUGUCUUUUAAAACAAUAGGUUGCAAUAGACAUUGAAAGUUAUUUUUUUUUAAAGCCUGAAAACGUGCUGAUAAAAUUUCUCCACAUCUCAGCUUACACUUUGAUUCAGAGUUGUUGGUGUAUACUGGGGGGUUGAUGACAGCAACCCUUAAGAAAUUUUCUUUUUUUUACCCGAGGGGAGGAGGGGAUGACCUUUUGUGGUACCCUGACCAAACAUCACUUCCCUAACGAAGAGUUGCAGAACCACAACGCCCAGCGCCAUUGGUGCUGCUCAGAGGAGAAGGACCAAUUCUGCCGUUAGAGGCUCAUCUGGUGCUCCCAUUCCAAAGGCUCAAAAGUUUCCACAUAGUUAACUGUGGCAGCUCACAGAG